UUUCAAGAAGGACAGAGAUUGUGGGACAGCUUUCCUGCCUGUAAUCCCCUGGAGCCGCACACUCAAUAGCAAGUCUUUGAGGCUUGUAACCCAAAUCCUGCCAGGCUGCACAGAGAGUACAAAUGGCUCUUGCAUACUUAGAUACUGAACUUUGACACCAGGCAACAAGGCACCUUCUCUGCACAUCCAAGGUUGUGAGGAUAUCCAAGGACAACCAAUUCAGGCUGAUACAUGGCAGGAAAAAUGUGGAAGUAAGACGGCGCAGCAGCCGCCAACAGCAGGAGUGGGCUGUGGCAACCUGGCUACUGUAACAGUGACUGUUUACAAGCCAUCCCUUUGCCAGCAGCUGGGCUGUGCACUGCCUAGUGGGAAUGGAGCAGGUGGACUCAAAUGGGAUGGCUCGCUCUCUGUAUGAGUGGCUGUGGCAGCACGAGUUCUGGCUGCCCCCAGGAAUCACCUGGGAGGACAUGCAAGAAUCUGAAGACACUCAUUACCCUCAGCCUCGUGAUCUCCUGCUCAGUAUCCCUUUUGCUUUAAUUUUGGUAAUCAUUCGAUGUGCCUUUGAAAGAGCCAUAGCCCUGCCCCUCAGUACAAAAUUGGGUGUGAGAGACAAGCAGAGACCAAAAGCUCAGGCCAACCCCGUGCUGGAAACAUUCUAUAGUACACGCCGCAAGAACCCGAAAGAGGGUGAGCUGCUCAGUUUAGCCAAGCAAUGUGACCUGCCAGUGAGGAAGGUGGAGAAGUGGUUCCGGCACCGGAGGAACAUGGACCGGCCCAGCCUGUCCAAGAAGUUCAGCGAGGCCUGCUGGAGAUUUACAUUUUACAUCAUUUCUUUCUUCACUGGACUCGCUGUCCUGUAUGAUAAACCUUGGCUUUGGGACCAUAGAGAGUGCUGGACAGGAUAUCCACAACAGCCUCUCCAGCCCUCCCUGUUCUGGUACUACAUGCUGGAGCUCUCCUUCUACUGGUCACUGGUCUUCACCUUGCCCUUUGAUGUGAAGAGGAAGGAUUUCAAGGAGCAGAUAGUCCAUCAUGCUGCAACCAUCUUCCUGAUCAGUUUUUCAUACUGUGCCAACUACAUCCGCAUUGGGACACUGGUGAUGGUGAUUCAUGAUGCUUCUGAUUGCUUCCUGGAGCCAACUAAGAUAUUCAAUUACAUGAAGUGGAAAAAAACUUGUGACAGCCUCUUUAUGAUCUUCUCAGCUGUUUUCCUGAUCAGCCGCCUGGUCAUUUACCCCUACACAGUGCUUUAUAACACCUACUAUUACUCCAUGGAGAUAUUCCAACCCUUCUUUGGAUACUACUUUGUGAAUGUUCUCCUGAUAAUUCUGCAGCUGCUCCAUGUCUUCUGGUCCUGCUUAAUUAUUCACAUGGUCUACAAAUUCAUCCUCCAGGGCACGAUGGAAAAGGACAUGAGAAGUGACACAGAAGAAAGUGACAAGGAUGAAGAAAGAGAUAAAAUUAGAGAAAAGGAGAAAAAUGGAAUCACGUGUUUCAGCAACGUCACAAGCAAUGGUUACAUCCAGAGGAAUGGAUCUGAGCCCCUGGACAACAGAGCCCACCGUGCCAAUGGCCAUGCCAAGGAAAGAUAGCUGCUGUCAUGUGCUGCUGGCCUGGCCUCCAGUGACCCCAGGCCACCAUCUGUAGAAACAGUUUUGCUCACUGUGUAGAUAAACUGGAGUGCAAUUGCAGUAUUGUAGCUGAAUUCCUGCUUCCCAUAAACCAAAGUGUUUAUAGUCAGUGGAUAUUUGAAGGAAGUUUUUUGUCUUCCUUCAGUAAAAGCUUACUAUAGGUUGUAGCCUCAAAACAGCAAGGGAUCAAAGUGGCUUGACUUGUAUUAAGACUGUACCAUAAUUGUUGUCAAAUUUGUUAAUCUUGAAAAAUACUUUAAAAAUAAGAAGGUGGAUAAACUCUGGCAGUGUCAAGUUUUACCCACCUAAUGUUGAUAGGAAUCUGUUUAGCCUGGAUCAGCCUCUGGAGGCCCUAGCCUAUUGCCAGUAAUUAUUAUGGCUGACAAGUGACAAAUCUUACCACUGGGAUGCCUCUUCUGAGAAAACAGGUGCCCUGUAUACAGUUACAAAAUUAAAACUGAGUAUAGUGAAAUUAAAGCUUUUGGAAAGGCUUAAGAUAAAACAUGUUCUUCUCAAAGGAAGUACUCUUCGUGCCAGUGACCAGUUUUGUAAUGGUGUGGAUCUCAGUCCCUACUUCCUGCCCCUAAGCUCCAAAGCCCAGGCUGGAGGAGUACCCACACAAAUAACAUUCGAAGAGUAGGAAAAUCCAGACAGCUGUUUCUCAACACUUAGGCGUUGGACUUGAUGAUCAUUGUGGGUCCCUUCCAACACAUAAUAUUCUGUAAUUCUGUGAUAAUCGAAAGUUGGAAGCACAUGUAUUGUACGCUGUGAUCUAAGCGUAUGGUCUCACCUCUCUGCAGGUGCUGUGCUCAGGAGGGGUAUUGAAAUGAUACAUCAUUUUGUACUACUGAAUGUAAAUGAUCUUUAUAAAUUACUUUUAAAGGUUUGA